CCCGCUCCUCUUCGAAUCAUUUUAAGGACCCGUCAUUUACGAUUUUGAUCAGUUCCGGAUCCGUCCAUCGUUUCCACACUCCGAUUCCAUUCAUUAGCCGCACAUGCCGACCAUUGCCGGGCGUAAGCUCGCCAAGGAAGCUCUCUCUGAGACAAUGGCCAUCGUGUCGGACAGGAUAGCUUCUGAUGCCCGAUCUGACGCUAACUCCACUCCUUGCAAGAGGAAAUUGAGAUCUGCUGGGCCGCUGAUUAUGGACAGUCCGGUCUCUUCGCCGACCAAAUGGAAAUCGCCUCGCCGAUGUAGCAGUGAACGCCCAAAUCGUGCUUUAACUGCGAAUGAGAUGGUUACCAAUGAAGACGAAAUCAAAUCGCAUAAAUUGCCGUCAAAGCCACCGCAAGAUGGUUUUGCUGAUAAACCAAAAUGGAACCCCAAAGACGGUGAGCAAGUACGGACAGUGAAGGAGGCAUUGCACGUGUCAACAGCACCAUCUAAAAUUGUCUGCCGUGAAGACGAGCAGAAUAUGGUUUUCGAGUUCUGUAAGUCAUGCAUUGAACAUAAGAAGGCCGGCAGCAUGUACAUAUGUGGGUGUCCUGGUACUGGAAAAUCGUUAUCCAUGGAGAAAGUAAAAGAGCUUUUAGUCAAUUGGGCUAGACAGGCAGGCUCCCUCCAGCCUGACGUCUUGUCUGUGAACUGCACAUCCUUUUCUAGUACCUCUGACAUUUUCAGCAAGAUACUUGGGUUAAACCAAUCACGGGGAAAAAAGACUUUAGCUUCUCCAUUACAACAACUCCAGAGCCUGUACUCUCAAAAGUCGUCUAGCCAGAACAUGAUAUUGAUAGUGGUCGACGAAUUAGAUUAUCUAAUCACCAAAGAUAGGGCUGUGCUUCACGAUCUCUUCAUGCUCACCACUUUCCCAUUUUCUAGAUGUAUAUUAAUAGGGAUAUCAAAUGCAAUUGACCUUGCUGAUCGUUUUCUUCCAAGGUUGAAAUCAUUGAACUGCAAGCCUAUAAUUGUAACAUUUCGGGCAUACUGUCAAGACCAGAUCCUUAGCAUUCUGAAAGAAAGGCUAAGGGAACUUCCUUACACUGUAUUCCAACAUCAGGCGCUCGAGCUCUGUUCUAGGAAAGUUGCAGCUGCUUCUGGAGACAUGCGAAAAGCUCUUUGUAUUUGCAGGAGUGCAAUCGAGGUGCUGGAGGCAGAAAUUAGAGAAUCUAUUGGCCUUUCAGAAAUUUCAUUGGAAGAGAGAGCUUCCCCUGAACAAAACAUAGCUUCUGACCUUGAAUUUGAUGUUGUAAGGAUUGAUCAUAUGGUUCGUGCCUUGUCCAAGACCUAUAGAUCUCCUGUGGUGGAUACAAUACAAUCUCUGCCACAUCAUCAACAGAUUAUCCUUUGCUCUUCAAUGAAACAUUUCCGUGGAGCAAAGAAAGAUACAAUACUUGGCGAGUUGUACAAAUCUUACGCGGGCAUAUGCAAAUCAUCACUAAUUCCUCCGGUUGGAAUUCUGGAAUUUUCAAAUAUGUGCGGAGUAUUGAAUGACCAGGGGCUUAUUAAACUAGGACCAUCAAGGGAGGAUAAAUUGAAGAGGGUGACACUAAAAAUAGAUGAAGCUGAUAUUACCUUUGCAUUGCAGGGGAUCCGUUUCUUUAGAAACUUUCUUCAAUGAUUCUGCUUGGGCUAAUGAUUGACGGGUUUAUUUCAGCUUGAUGUUUGAGAAUAGAUUCUUCCCUUUCCAGAUUUUCUUAAGUUGACAUCCAGCAAACAUGAUGGAAAAACAAGUUUUCUAUUGUUUGCAUUAUUUAUCGAUGGAUAAACAAUAAAAGCCAAGGUGAAUCAACUUGGCAGGAGUUUCCAGUGAUGAAGUGAAAACUUCUUUAAAUAGAGAUCUCCUUAAUUUUCACAAUGACAACUACAAUAGAAGAAACAUUGAUUACAUGUAAGAGAACUUAGUUCCUGUUCAUUCCCUUGUCUAUUGUAUCAUAAAAGUAUAAAAAUAUAUAUUUACUAUGUACAUUGUUAAGGAGGUAAAUCAUUGGUUAAGCAUUUUUUGGCCAGCAGUAUGGGUUAAAUAUCUUCAAGGAACUUUUCUAUCUAAUUGGUGAUUUAUUAUACAAACCCGCAGUUUGUGGCUGAAAAAAAGAAGUAAUUGCAGUUAGGUGUGAGGCUUGUGGUUUUUCAGA